CCACAGAUGCUGCAUGGGAGACGAAUUUGCUGUCAGUGAUUCAACUAACCACCGCCUACACGCAUCAUUAGAGGAUCUCUUCCUAUUGGACAGGAAAAUAUAUAUAUAAAAGACCAAGCACUGCUCAGUCUACGCAUUGGUUUGGUUUACACACAUACUCAUUUAAUAAUUUAACUAUUGGCCUCUCUUCUCACACACACACAACUACCACUCAGCUAAUACAGGAUAUGAACUGACCUUGCCCUGGUGUAAUCUGCAAUACCAUUACCUCUCAGAGUUGCAGUGAUCUGUAAACCCCAAGGAUUAAAUGAUGUCUCAGUGUUAGUUUUACUCUUUCAUCUAACCUCACCCCGGGCCCCUACGGAUCACCGGGGCUGAGCCUGACGACAACACUGGCCUCUACGGAUCACCGGGGCUGAGCCUGACGACAACACUGGCCCCUACGGAUCACCGGGGCUGAGCCUGACGACAACACUGGCCUCUACGGAUCACCGGGCUGAGCCUGACGACAACACUGGCCUCUACGGAUCACCGGGGCUGAGCCUGAUGACAACACUGGCCUCUACGGAUCACCGGUGCUGAGCCUGACGACAGCACUGGCCUCUACGGAUCACCGGGGCUGAGCCUGACGACAACACUGGCCUCUACGGCUCACCGGAGCUGAGCUUGACGACAACACUGGCCUCUACGGAUCACCGGAGCUGAGCCUGACGACAGCACUGGCCUCUACAGAUCACAGCAUGGGGACAUUUGCCGAGGGGAAGAAUUAUGAAAAUGUAAGAGAGAAGGAUUUUUUUUUUUUUAGAAAACGAAAAUAUAUGAAAGAUGAAUAACAGAACAGAGGAGGAGGAGGUGUGUACUAACAGAACAGAGGAGGAGGAGGUGUGUAAUAACAGAACAGAGGAGGAGGAGGUGUGUAAUAACAGAACAGAGGAGGAGGAGGUGUGUAAUAACAGAACAGAGGAGGAGGAGGUGUGUACUAACAGAACAGAGGAGGAGGAGGUGUGUACUAACAGAACAGAGGAGGAGGAGGUGUGUACUAACAGAACAGAGGAGGAGGGUGUGUGUAAUAACAGAACAGAGGAGGAGGAGGUGUGUACUAACAGAACAGAGGAGGAGGAGGUGUGUACUAACAGAACAGAGGAGGAGGAGGUGUGUAAUAACAGAACAGAGGAGGAGGAGGUGUGUAAUAACAGAACAGAGGAGGAGGAGGUGUGUACUAACAGAACAGAGGAGGAGGAGGUGUGUACUAACAGAACAGAGGAGGAGGAGGUGUGUACUAACAGAACAGAGGAGGAGGAGGUGUGUACUAACAGAACAGAGGAGGAGGAGGUGUGUAAUAACAGAACAGAGGAGGAGGAGGUGUGUACUAACAGAACAGAGGAGGAGGAGGUGUGUACUAACAGAACAGAGGAGGAGGAGGUGUGUACUAACAGAACAGAGGAGGUGGUGAUGUGUAAUAACAGAACAGAGGAGGUGGUGAUGUGUAAUAACAGAACAGAGGAGGUGGUGAUGUGUAAUAACAGAACAGAGGAGGUGGUGAUGUGUAAUAACAGAACAGAGGAGGUGGUGAUGUGUAAUAACAGAACAGAGGAGGUGGUGAUGUGUAAUAACAGAACAGAGGAGGUGGUGAUGUGUAAUAACAGAACAGAGGAGGUGGUGAUGUGUAAUAACAGAACAGAGGAGGUGGUGAUGUGUAAUAACAGAACAGAGGAGGUGGUGAUGUGUAAUAACAGAACAGAGGAGGUGGUGAUGUGUAAUAACAGAACAGAGGAGGGGGUGAUGUGUAAUAACAGAACAGAGGAGGUGGUGAUGUGUAAUAACAGAACAGAGGAGGUGGUGAUGUGUAAUAACAGAACAGAGGAGGUGGUGAUGUGUAAUAACAGAACAGAGGAGGUGGUGAUGUGUAAUAACAGAACAGAGGAGGGGGUGAUGUGUAAUAACAGAACAGAGGAGGUGGUGAUGUGUAAUAACAGAACAGAGGAGGGGGUGAUGUGUAAUAACAGAACAGAGGAGGGGGUGAUGUGUAAUAACAGAACAGAGAUGGUGAUGUGUGAGGGAAUGAAGGGAGAGCAAUGAGAGGGGAUGCAGAGAUAAGACAUGAUUGGAGGAAAUGAGGAAGCGGGCGGCAGUGAGAGCUGUGGUUGGGCUGAGGUCCAGUGGUGAUGUCAUGCAGGGCCAUUUCCUUCACCACCUUUCCUGUCUGUCCCCUUCAGGCCUGAGGAAGAAAAGCUCCCCUCCCAGCGCUGCUACCAGGCCAGCCGUCUCCAUGUCAACCAUUAGCUAGCUCCACUGGGAGAAAACCAAAGCCCAGAGCACAUCCCAUACUGAGAAAGAGAGAAUGGAAGAGGGGAACAAGUGAAAAAGAGCAGAAAACCAAAUUUUUUCCCCCUCCCUGUGUGGGCUCUGUCCACCUUCCUUUUAUCUGGUAGUCCUCCCUCCCUCUCCCUAUUGGAAUCCCUGCUCACUGUGGUCUCCCUGCCCAUUUCCCCCUCACUCAAUGAAAGACACAGACUGAGCGGAGACCGAUCCACAGAGUAGGAUCUGAGCUAAAGAACAUUCAAUGAGACCCCAUACCCUCCAACUGCCUCUAAUCCUCAGCGUGUAUUUAUCUCCUCUCAACACCACACUACAGAGCCAAAAAAGGCCUUUCACCACUAACAACAGCCUGAUUCAGAGAAGAGCCCCAAAACAGACACAAAGAUGGAAAGGGAAACCAAGAGACGAAAGGGAGAGUAGAAAGAGAGUGAGAGACCAGGGACUGUGCUCAUAAAGUGUCUCAGAGUAUAAGUGCUGCUCUAGGAUCAGUGUUUCCUUUCAGAUCAUAAUGAAUAAGAUUACAUGGACACGGAAGGACCAGAUCCAAAGAGCAGAAAUCCUACUCUGAGAAGUUCUGUAAAUAGGAACACCCUGGUCUGGAGGAGGGCAAACCAACAGGGAAACUACAGAAUAUGGUCUGUGAUACUCAACGUAUCUCUGCGUGCAGUUUGAAGGAAGUUGCACAGUAACUUUAGUGCAACGACAGGAAGACAUAACAAAAUGGUAUCCACGUGUUCAUACGACACUGCGGAAGUCCAGAGGUAUCCCUUUAACAUGUGGUAUAGG